AUGGACGAAGUCAAGACGAAAUGGAGUGAAUUUGAUAGAUCCAGUGUUGUCACGCUGGUUAUGCGCCAUUGUCCAGCAUUAGAAGUACCCGAUAUGAUUACCGAAUUUCAUCAAACGAGUGGUAUCAAGGUGUACAAUUCUACGAUUGAUAGUUGGGGUUUUUCUGCGGCCAUUACGAAUACAAAUCACCCGGAACUCGGUUUCUUCUUCAUGAUUCGGGUGAACGUGACGGACGGUGUUCUUCCUCCAGGUCUUCACGAUGCCGAUUUUCCCAACAAUCUGUACGAUAUUGAGAUUUGUUAUUCGAAUCUUCGGGAGCUACCAGACGAUUUGGACUCAAUUUGGAUGGUUGGGACAAUGAGUACAGCCAACUUAAUCGUGUCCCACUUGCAAUACCAAACCUAA